AUGGGCUUCCGCAACAAAAGAGACAGACGUCAGUGCUGGAUGGUCCCAUCUCACCAGGUGACUGAAAAUCAACAACAGGAGGACAGUGACCUCAUCAAACCCAGAAAGCUGCCAAAUCCCGUCCUGGCUUCCCACCAACACAGAGCUCUCCAUCAAGAGCUGCUAUUCUGCCACAGACGAGGUGUACUGCCAAGAAAAAAGCCGGAGCUGCUGUGUGUCCUCGAACAAAAACAGAGACAGAAGAAAAAGCAGGAGCUGGCUCUCCACCCUCCCUCUGACUUGGAGGUGAAGCUACGUAUACGGCAGCAGAGAAUGCAAUUCUACGAGCUGGAGGAGAAGAAGAGGAGCGAAAGUCUGAAGAAUAUGCCAGAAUUUGUUCGUGUGAGACAAACACUGAAGCACAUCCCAAAUCCUUCCCUGUGA